ACACGCUCGACUCGAGUUCAACGCAAUCUCAAAUCCGUGCGCGCGCUAAUUGCUGGUCUGACUAGUGGGCAUAUCGACGGUACUUUGGAGAUACCCUCGAUGGACUACGAUAAGGAGAUUCUUUAUCCAAACUUAAAACUAAAUAACGAUGUUGAGGCGUUUUACGAAGGUACUGAGGAGUUGCAGCAAAAUGUCGGUCUGAAGGAAUUGAAGGAAAAGAUCAAGAAGGCCUUGAUGGUGGAUUCGCUUGUUGAUGAAUUCGAUUCAGAUCCGGAGAAGCACUCGAAGGAUUGUCAAGUCUACUAUGUGAGAGAUGAUUAUGCCGCUCGCAAAGUUCUACCUCUCUUCUGCUUCCAUAGAAGCGCUGGAUUAGCUCAAUAA